AUGGCCCGGGACAGGCCGCCCGGGAAGGGCUGCAGCGCCCUGCGCCGGGGUCUGCUGGGCGCCGCGCUGCUGCUCGGCCUGCGGCUCUGCGCAGAGCUGCGGAGCGCCGUGCCCGCGCCCCGACCUUCGGCCCCCAGCGCCCCGCGGGCCCCGGCCUUCAGGCCGCCCGGGCCGCACCUGCAGCCCGCGCCCGGCCCGCCGCGCGGCGCCAGGAGGCAGGUGACCUACGUGCGCAGCGGGCGCCGAGCGCCGCCGGGGGGCGGCGGGAGCGGGACGCUGGAGCCGAGCUGCUGCGCCCCGCGCGGGCGCCCCCGCCGGAAGGGUCCCAGGUGGCAGAUCCGUCUCCAGCCUUGGGCAGGCCCUGCUCAGUCCCUGGACGAAGAAGCCUGGAGGUUCCUGAGAUAUAUCAGCACCACCCAGAUUGCAUGCGAUCACAUGAAUACAGACAACCUGGCUACUGAUGCCAGCCCUGCACAGAAGCCCUGGUCGGUGUGUCUUGAUGACAGAUUUGGCUUAGCUCAUCAAAUCCACAGCAAGCAAUGCCGCCUCUACUCUUUAGGGCUGGGAAGUGACGACACCCGCUUUGAGGUUAGCAUGGCCAACGACGGGUGCGAAGUGCAUCGUUUUGAUCCCAGCAUCAAGUCAGCUCAUGUUCUGGAGAGUCAGCGCCUUUGGUAUCACCGUUUGUCCAUUGACUGGCGGGACCCGCAUCCAGCUGUUGCAGCCCAAAAACCACAUAGCAACACCAGAAAACUGGGAAGCAUUUUGAAUGAAUUUGGGCAUCAUAAGAUUGACAUUCUCAAGGCAGAUCUGGAAAGCGCAGAAUGGAAAGUUUUGGAAAAUCUUAUUUUGGAAGAUGUCCUUGAGCAGAUUGGGCAACUCAUCUUUGAGAUCCAUCUCCACUGGCCUGGGUUUGAGGUCGGCGGUAGCGACAGCAGCGUCGUGCGGUUCUGGUACAGCCUCCUCAAAGAGUUGGAACUAAAGGAUUUCAGGCUUUUUCACAGUUACAAAGAUUUAUCUAAACCUCAGCUAUUCCUGAAGAAAGACAUUUUCAAUGCAAGUAGCUGUUAUACUCUGAGUUGGGUGAAUACAAGGUGGAAAUAGGAUGCAGGACCUCAUCAAGAACAUGAGGGAAUAUUACUAUUUGCAGAAUGGAGAA